CGCCCCGAGCAUAAACGCGAGGAGAUGGCAUCUAAAUUGCUGAAGCUCGUACUUUCGCAUCGAGGCCCGCUGAGAGCAGGAGAUCAAAUUCUGCGGAGUGCAGUUCGUCACGAAAAUCGCAGACUCGCGUCGACGUGGUACCCGGACAAGGAGUACGCCGACCAGUUCAUCGGUCCGACGGUCGCGCCCUGCCCGGAGGACGCGCCGAAAUGGAAGUUCCCGCCGUACGAGCAGGAGCAGCCGCCACCAGUGAAGAGGAUCAAGAACGUGCGAGUGAAUUUCGGCCCCCAGCACCCCUCGGCCCACGGCUGUCUGCGACUGGUCCUCGAGCUCGACGGCGAGUACGUCGUCAGCGCAGACCCGCACAUCGGCCUGCUGCACCGCGGCUCCGAGAAGCUCAUGGAGUACAAGACCUACACGCAGGCGCUGCCCUACUUUGACCGCUUCGACUACGUGUCCGUGCUCUCGAACGAGCAGUGCUUCGCCCUGGCCGUCGAGAAGCUCCUCAACAUUGACAUUCCCCUGCGCGCCAAGUACAUCCGCACCAUGUUCGUGGAGCUAUCGCGGCUCAUGAAUCACAUGAUGUCGAUAGCCUGCCACUGCCUGGACACGGGCGCGCUCAGCCCGUUCUUCUGGGUGUUCGAGGAGCGCGAGAAGAUCUACGAGUUCCACGAGCGCGCGAGCGGAGCCCGCAUGCACGCCUGCUACGUGCGCCCGGGCGGCGUCGCCGUCGACCUGCCCCUCGGGCUCCUCGACGACAUCCACGACUUCGUCGCCAAGUUCUCGGAGCGCAUGGACGAGGUCGAGGACCUGCUGACGGAGAACAGGAUCUGGAAGCAGCGCACCGUCGGCAUCGGCGUCCUCAGCGCCGAGGAGGCGCUCAACUACGGUUGCUCCGGCAUGAUGAUCCGCGCCUGCGGCAUUAAGUGGGACCUGCGCAAGAGCAUGCCCUACGACGCCUACGACUGCGUGGACUUUGACGUGCCCGUCGCCUGGAACGGCGACACCUACGACCGCUACCUGGUGCGCAUGCACGAGAUGCGCCAGUCGCUGCGCAUAAUCGAGCAGUGCCUGAACCAGAUGCCGGCCGGCGAGGUGAGGGUCGACGACUUCAAGAUCUCGCCGCCGCCGCGGGCCGAGAUGAAGCUCUCCAUGGAGGCGCUGAUCCACCACUUCAAGCUCUUCAGCGAGGGCUACCACGUGCCGCCGGGCGCCACCUACACCGCCGUCGAGGCGCCCAAGGGCGAGUUCGGCGUCUACCUCGUGAGCGACGGGAGCAGCCGGCCCUACCGACUGAGGGUCAGGGCGCCGGGCUUCCCGCACCUGGCACUGCUGAAGAAGCUCGCGCCCGGACUCAUGCUGGCCGACGUCGUCUCGGUCCUGUCCACGCUCGAGAUCGUCUUCGGCGACGUCGACCGGUGAUUGGCCAAAUUGCCGCGCGUUACUCCCCCCGCGCGUGAUUGAUGGCUUCAUCAAGACGCCGCAGCGCUUGCGAGGAGGGACCGACGAAUUUGCGAUGCGACCUAUUGCCUGUAUGGGUCGUCGCCUCGCUCCGCGAUGGACUCUUGAUAUUUAUUGAUGAACGACGCUUUGUCAAUCGUCCCGGGAAUUUUUCGCCCGAGCGCUGCAGCGUAUAGGAGAUGGGCGGGUGUAGUUUGAUAAGGCACGUUGAGUCACGCCAAAUAAAAAGUUUAUCGCAACUCA